AAAGACACUUCUAACGAAGAAGAACGUUUGGUGUCAUGUACACGGUCAUAAAUACAAACAACGUGGACAGUCGUGUAGGUCGGUAGGCGGGGUAAAGUGGUGGUUCACAGUUCACAGACACUCUAACAUCCAACACCCCAACAUUUCGCAAAACCAAACUACGAAAUGUAAGCUAUGUCCUGUGUUUUUUUUUCCUCUGGUUACAUUUGAAAUGGUAUGUCUCUAAAGGAAAGGAAAACCUCUUCAGUUGAGACAUUAUACUGACCCUAAGAACAAAAUAAGAGAACAUAGACUGUCGGCGAAACAAACAUUCUAUGAAAUCUCACUUGGCUACACCGUCACCGGAUCCUCACAAAACAUCCCCGCCCCUCUUUUAAAUUAAGUAGUAAAAAAAAACAACAACAAUAAGGCAAACACACAUGCGAGUAGAUCCUCGGGCUGAGAUGCUCUGUCUAAAGAAGAAAACAUUAAUAAUUGAAGCUGUUCAAAGACAAAGGUUUAUCUCUGGGCGCCGAUCACAGACCUCGUUUUUUUUUAUCUUUUAUAAAUAAGACGCACUGGUUGGAACAUUUCACUGAGCAUGUGAUUGUGCGCGCGACGUAAAGGGGGUAGGGGGUGAGAACUGGAUAAAAGAUAAACAUACGUCACAGGAGGAAAUGUCCGCAAAACAGAAUUAGUGACAGAUGUGCUGCAAUUUCACUCAUUUCUGCAGCAAGAGAAGCGAGAGACUACAAACCUAUACAAACAUACUCGCAGGCCAAAGCAAGAAUUAAACCAUUUCAGAAAUGGGUUUAAAAAAAAAGAAAAGGAUUAAGUAAGAGAUUGGAGAUUGAUGUCAUCACAAAAACUAGUUAUCGAGAUUCCUCUUUCUCCCUCGAUCAAAUAUGGCUGUUUUCUCUCCUGCUUAGUCUAAUGUGCAGGCAUCAAACUGUUACAUACAAUUACGCUGGACUGCCUGUGACAGCCGCUUCAUUUCGACCUUGACUCAAUGGAGACACUUUAUUUACAAGCAAACACGAAGCGUGAUUGACUAACAAUAGAGUUUAGUGCAUCUCAAUUCGUUGUAACUGUGGUUUAUUAAAAUAUAUAGUCAUAUGUAGACAAUGUCACAGCCGGGAGCUAGCUAGCAUUAAUGAGGAUGUAUAAUGUGCCGUCAUGUGCGUAGUUGCUGAGUGUCGUACGGAACUUGGAAAUGUCAUCCUAUACAAAUAGAUAGCGUAAUGAUGCGUACGUCUCAAAAAGAGAGCGACAUUGUUCUGGCUCUUGUAAAGAGGUGAUCCAAUCAUUUUGAAAUAACAUUCUUUGAGAAAGCUCAUCAACAUAACCCAAGGCUGGCUGAAUACAAAACGCUAUUCAUCCUGUACGGAGCCACCAUAUGCCAUUGUUACGUGGCUUCGUUUACAUUGUGAGCGCCUAAUUGUAUUCCAUUAAUUGAACGGCUCUACCAAGCAAUGAUGUCCAGUUACGAGAUAGUCCAGCCUACAGGAACUGAUAGGUCGCUUAACAUCUCUCAGUACGACCGCAUCGGCAAUGCGUCGGCCUCAUGCGACGGCAUACACUGCUACUCGGGGGUCAUCUUCGAAGUGGCCACCAUCAUGACCAUUGUCCUCGCCGUGUUCGGAGCCUUCGGGAACGUACUGACCAUCCUGGCCAUCGUGACCAGCCGACUGAAGAUGAACGUCAACAGUAUCCUGAUCUGCAACCUGAGCGUGGCCGACGUAGUCUACUGCUCUUUCAUUCUGCCCCUGCAGGCCAUGACCUUUUAUCACAAAGGUUGGACGCUGUCCGAUCUGCUGUGUCAGCUGCACGCCUCGUUACGGAUCUGGCUCAUAGGAGUCAAUAUGAUGCUACUAAGUACCAUUGCUUUCUACAGAUUCCUUCAUGUGGUUCAUCCCCAAAGUCAUACUCGAUACACACAGAGACCUUGGUUCAUCGCGGCAUGUGUCUUAUGCUGGGCGCUGCCUUUUUUCUUCUGCAUCACUCCGCUGAUAGGGAUCUGGGGAAGCUUUGACUUCCAGGAGCGCAUCCUCCAGUGUACCUUCAGCACUAACAGCAGUAAGUCCCAUAAAAUUACAACCAUCACAGCCGGCUACGUCGUGCCCUGCCUCUUCAUCUGCGUCUGCUACGCCCGCCUGGGCUGCGUUGUCUGCACUUCCAGGCAGCGGGCGUCCAGGGGGAGCCAGUACCGCAGGCAAAGGGCGCGCAGAGAGUCUUUCAGACUGACGGGGAUGAUGCUGCUGAUCUUUCUGGGGUUCCUCAUAGGCACCACCCCAUUUUUCAUCAUCAAUACCGUGGACAACAGACUCAAAUACCCCAUGCCACACAUCUGGUCACCGUUCCUGGCUUGGAUCAUGUACAGCAUGAACCCGGUCAUCUACACCGUAAUGGACGUCAACUUCCAGAGGGCCUACCAUCGGCUACUACUGUGUAUGAUUUUCAAGCCAGACAAUGUAGCGGAGACUAGUGUGGCGGACAGACAGAGUUCAUUGAUCAAGGGAAAGCACGAUCAGCCUCCGCAAUGAAAUGUCAGGAUUGUACAUUAGAAACAGAGAGAUUUAGAACUCAACGACCAGGUCGUACACUCAGCUUUAGAAUAGUCAGAAGGCAAGGACCUUGCCAUCCAGCAACUAAGCUUUAGAACAAUAAUAAUGCAAGGACCUUACCAGUCAAUAAGCAUUCAUAAGGCAAGGAACUUGUAACCACCAAGCUUUAGAUUACUCACAACACAAGGACCUGGCCGCCACUAAGCUUGAGAACAUUUAAAGCUCAAGGGCCUUAUCGCCCGCUGAGUUUUAGAACAUUUAAAACGCAUGGACAUGUGAGCCACUGAAUUUAAAAGAAAUGAAUUCUACUCACUGAUGAAUGUAAUAGAUUUGAAAAUAAAACGAAAAACAUGGAAUCAAUAUGUCUGCAGACAAAGUUAAUUCAGGAAAUAGAAACCAAAUCAGAAGACAAGGGAAACAAAAUCUAGAAGGAAGGAAAAAAAAAAGAAAAUCCGAUUUAUAAGUUUUUGUCUAAUUUGUUUCUAACCAGCUGUAAAACAAGAUCUUCAAAUGUUUGUGUGAGAAAACCAUGAUGUGAAGACACAAUGUAUUUCAUGUUGUAAACACACAAAGUAUUCAUGAUGUGAAGACACAAAGUAUUCAUGAUGUAAAGACACAAAGUAUUCAUGAUGUAAAGACACAAAGUAUUCAUGAUGUGAAGACACAAAGUAUUCAUGAUGUAAAGACACAAAGUAUUCAUGAUGUGAAGACGCAAAUUAUUUAUGAUAUGAAGACACAAAUUAUUCAUGAUGUGAAGACACAAAAUAUUCAUGAUGUAAAGACACAAUGUAUUUCAUGAUGUAAAGGCACAAAGUAUUCAUGAUGUGAAGACGCAAAUUAUUUAUGAUAUGAAGACACAAAUUAUUCAUGAUGUGAAGACACAAAGUAUUCAUGAUGUGAAGACACAAUGCAUUUCAUGAUGUAAAGACACAAAGUAUUCAUGAUGUGAAGACACAAUGCAUUUCAUGAUGUAAAGACACAAAGUAUUCAUGAUGUGAAGAGCACAAAAUAAUUCUGUGUGUUUGUAAUGUCAAGUUUAUGAGAUGUUUAACUUUUUUUUAAAUGUUGUUUUACUUCAGGUGAACAAACAACACAUCACGAUUCGUAAAGGCAAUCUGGUCAGCUAUCAUGCUUGAACCUUGUCUCAUCUAUUCUUAGCUUGAAACCCCCCCUCCCCCCCCCCCCCCAGAGUGUUGGAAAUAUAGCACAGAAAGUUGACCCGAAGUGUGAAGUUUCAAAACGUCCGCAAUGAUUUAUGUCAGAACAAAAAUGAACUUCAAUUCUUUAUUCCAUUUAAACGUAGACGUGUUCAGAGACGGUAAAGAAAUGAUUGAAACUUUAUAUAUAUAUAACAGCAUGACCACUUAACAUUUCAUUAUACAAAUGAAAUCAUCUUCACCGUACAAGACAAUAGCCCUCAUCGAUGGAGAUGUAGACAAGAAGAAUCGUUAGUCUAAAGAUAGUCAAAUUAAGCCAUGUCUUACGAACAAACCUAAGAUAAGUUCUAUGUGCAAUUAAACAAUUUGGUCACUAUUUGAAGUACUUCUAGACCAAUAUAUUUAGAUAAAAACCAAUGGUGCUCUUCACCCCCUACUAGACUCCCCCCCCCCUUCCCGCCUCACGCACACAAAAAGAACAAAAAAAAAAACCUUCCUCCUCCCUCUAUGCCCACUAAGAGGAACUCCGUUGAAAUGGCUAUUAAUUAUUUCCAUUAAAAUGUCUUCUCUUUCAAGUUGUCACAUACAUAGGAUGUCUAAAUGUCUGGAAGCAUACAUUAACGCAGAAAUAAAACUAAUUAUCAAAGUGUAGAGUUCUGGCUUCUUUUUUCAUUCAAUGCAAGUUUGCAUUUUUCUUUAUCCUCUCCAUUGUAUAUGUCUAGUCUAGUUAAACAUGCUGAGAAAGUUCACUAUCUGCAAAGUUUAGCUAACACUGUACGUGCACGGUUUCUACGAAUUAACACUGUAAUGUUUGUCACGUGGUGAACAGAGAGUCGAUGUAUUCUAAGUCCAAACUCAGAGCUGAUUUCAUUUGGAAGUUUUUCUAGCCUCAUCUGAUUUGUUUCAUUUGUGUAACCACUUCUCGAAAAUUACGUGUACCUCUGACUAUCUACAAAGUAUUGUUACGUAUUUCUGAAUCUUCUGGCUAGAAGUAUUAGUAGACACACAAAUAAAAACACUGCAAAGAACUUGACGACUAAACUUUCAGUUUAAUAUAACUUUAAUGACUAUUAACUCUAAUAAUUCGUCACUGUAACAUGUAGCGUAGAAGACUGUACAAUAUCUGUCAGUUUACAGUUAGCUAUACUUCGUUGCAAUUCAUCUCUUCACUUCGUUGCAAUUCAUCUCUUCUCAACUUGCAUCGAGCCGUAUUCCACAGAACAGACCAACGACACACUUCCCAGUGUCGCUCCAGGUCUCCUAAAGCUGAACCAAGUCGCACUCAAGUCUACCGAAUCAGAGCCGCACACGUCUUACAUCGACUGUAUCGACUGUAACGGCUCAAGUCCACUGUAGUUCGCUGUAUAGACUUUAACGACAGUAGUCCACUCCAGUUAACUCUACCCUAGUUAACUUGCAUCGAGUCGUACACAUUUCUCUUCCACAGAGCCGCACACGUCUUACAUCGUCUCUAUCGACUGUAACGGCUCACUCACGACUCCAUACGACUGACUUUCACAUUAACUUUCAGGCUUAUAUAGAGUCCCUAAUCGCUUCUCUAAAGUUGCACAAACACUCCUAGUAUCCUCUGGAAUAACAUGUCAGGAAACGUCACAUCCUGUCUUUAUUUAUACAUGUAGAUUCCAGAAAACACUCGAUGCAGUGUCAUCAAGUCGGGGUCACACGUAGUGACCUUUAUCUGUCACUGUUCAUUAGUAACUGUCCCCCUACUUAGAUCUGUUCGUCCCCUGGAACAACACGUGUGGACACGUCACAUCCUGUCUUUGUUUGUACAUGUAGAUUCCAGGGAACACUAGCUGCUGUGUCAUCUCGCCGGGGUUAUACGUUGACCUCUACCUAUCACUGUUCAUUUGUAACACUGCCCCCUUCUUAGAUCUGUUCGUCCCGAACAGAUUCUACUUCAUCACGAUACUGAUGAAAUCGAUCGACGAUCAAGUAGGAAGCUUUGGUGGUUGCCCCCUUCUCAGAGAUGUUCUUUCAAUCUGGCAGUCGCAGUCCAUCUUCUUUCCAUAGAAGAAUGGGAGCCAAAUCCUCAUUUUUCAACAGUUCCUCACAAAUGUUUUCAUCAAUCUUGGUAUGGAAACAUCGACCUUCAGAUGACGACAUUGGGCACUCUUGUCGAGAAAGUUCAUCAGCAUUCUAACGAGUUCGUGCUUCACUGGCUGAGUUUUACAUUUUCAAGCAUCUUUUUACAGAGCUUCUUCAGAGAUAACUAGGAUCAUCACAGUACAGCAAUAUUCACAUGCUCUUCUUUUAAACAACAGCAACUGACUUGGGUUUGUACGAUGUUGGGUGGAUUUCUUGUACAGUUCUGUCACAGAUGGUUACUCACUACAGUUCUGACAUCUUAAACUACUUCUUUUCUGUCCUUCUUGCUUCUGACUUAAUUAGCGUUCUUCUAAAACCUCUGUUAUUCUUCAUCAACCUAUUCUCAUGAGGAAUGUUCUUAGAUUAUUCUUUAGUGGCUUCACACUUUCAACUGAUUCGUAAGGCUUUCUUCUUUGGUUUGAUGGUCCCGGACAUAAUCUUUUCUAACAACAUAGGCUAUGGAGUUUCAUUAGUGCAGGUGGGGGUCUAUCAGUUGGAGAAGUGGUGGGCUUGUUUUCUAACAACAUGGGCUAUGGAGUUUCAUAAAUGCAUGUGGGGGUCUAUCAGUGGGAGAAGGGGUGGGUUUGUAUCUUGAUCUUGUUGGAGCCAUCCACGUUGCACUCUGCAUAUGUCGCUUUCUCCGCCUCCUCAAUUUGAUAUUUCUUUGGUUGCGUUGAUGUCGUUGUCGUUGUCUUGCUUUCUUGUCGAUCAAUGCUGAUGGCAGCCACUUAGCACAUAGGAAGGUAUUGCAUUUCAUGGCUGUAGUCAUCAAGACUGUUGAUCUAACAAGUUGCUUCAGCAUUAUUCUUCGAUGGGUGCUUUGCGAAUGAUCUGCAAGUCCACUUGAAGGCAAGGUGUCAAACAUGUCAUCACCUUCAUCCGAGUCUGGAGCACUCGCCUGUGGGGCAGGUUGAUAACAUUCAACGUGCAAAGGUCCAUCAACUUCAGCAUCAGAUUCUAUUGUGAUUCCUUGACUAUCACCAGGGCUUCUCAUGCCUACCCUGACAGCUGUACAAGCUUCUGUUAAGUCUAGAGCUUGUUGGUGUAUUUCUAAGCAUUCACAGUCUUCUUGCAUAGCUACGUACGUACAGUUCUUGUCAAACGCAUGAGUGCAGUAAUCAAACUUCGAGUUCCUCUCGUAGACACUGGCAGAUAGAAGACAAAAGUCUUUAAGGCCCACAGCAACAGGCUUGGACGCAGACCCAACGUUGUCUUGUUCUGUCUGGCUGGUUGAGGUACUCAUAUCGGGUAUAUCUCUAGCAAAAUCUUCGGUUGAACUAUAGGUCUCUUCUCUUGUUUCUUCAACUGUCUCAUUCAGCUUCUCGUUGAAACAGAAACAGCUACCGUCUCUUUUCAUUUCUUGUUGGCCACAUUCGUUUGGUUUGCUAUCACAGUCACAGACAGCACAACCAUCACCAGCAUCCCUAUCGUAAUUGUCUGUAUCGCCACAUCCUUGGUUGGAUAAUUGUUCGCUGUUAAUCAAUGGUGUAGCUCUUUCAUGUGUCGACUCAAUCUGAUACUGCUGAGUGUUCAGUAGCUCGUUCAUGAUGAUUCUCGUUUGAUCUUUUAUCGUAUCGGUUUGUUCUUCUGUCUUGUUGGGUGUGGUAGCUAUUUGUUCAUUUUCAUUCAUGACUUUAAUCAACUGGUUAAAUGAAGAAAAUCUAGUGUUGAUUUCUGAUUCUACCAUCUUAAUGCUCUCUUUCACCGAGUUCAUUUUGUAUUGCAAAGUUCUCAGGAGCUCCAUCGUAUUAGGUUUGAUUUCAAAUUGGCAAGUGUCCGGAUUCUCAUCUUCCUCCAACAGGGCUUGUCUGAGACGUGCUGUUAGCGUUUCCUUAUUUCCGUUAAGCUGUAGACCUCUUUCUCGAAGCUCUUGUCUAAGUUCUUUCAUGUCAAGUUCAUUAAGAAGUUUGGUGGAAUACAUUCUAGCCAGAAAGAUCCCACUUCUGACACCAUUUGUUACGUAUUUCUGAAUCUUCUGGCUAGAAGUAUUAGUAGACACACAAAUAAAAACACUGCAAAGAACUUGACGACUAAACUUUCAGUUUAAUAUAACUUUAAUGACUAUUAACUCUAAUAAUUCGUCACUGUAACAUGUAGCGUAGAAGACUGUACAAUAUCUGUCAGUUUACAGUUAGCUAUACUUCGUUGCAAUUCAUCUCUUCACUUCGUUGCAAUUCAUCUCUUCUCAACUUGCAUCGAGCCGUAUUCCACAGAACAGACCAACGACACACUUCCCAGUGUCGCUCCAGGUCUCCUAAAGCUGAACCAAGUCGCACUCAAGUCUACCGAAUCAGAGCCGCACACGUCUUACAUCGACUGUAUCGACUGUAACGGCUCAAGUCCACUGUAGUUCGCUGUAUAGACUUUAACGACAGUAGUCCACUCCAGUUAACUCUACCCUAGUUAACUUGCAUCGAGUCGUACACAUUUCUCUUCCACAGAGCCGCACACGUCUUACAUCGUCUCUAUCGACUGUAACGGCUCACUCACGACUCCAUACGACUGACUUUCACAUUAACUUUCAGGCUUAUAUAGAGUCCCUAAUCGCUUCUCUAAAGUUGCACAAACACUCCUAGUAUCCUCUGGAAUAACAUGUCAGGAAACGUCACAUCCUGUCUUUAUUUAUACAUGUAGAUUCCAGAAAACACUCGAUGCAGUGUCAUCAAGUCGGGGUCACACGUAGUGACCUUUAUCUGUCACUGUUCAUUAGUAACUGUCCCCCUACUUAGAUCUGUUCGUCCCCUGGAACAACACGUGUGGACACGUCACAUCCUGUCUUUGUUUGUACAUGUAGAUUCCAGGGAACACUAGCUGCUGUGUCAUCUCGCCGGGGUCAUACGUUGACCUCUACCUAUCACUGUUCAUUUGUAACACUGCCCCCUUCUUAGAUCUGUUCGUCCCGAACAGAUUCUACUUCAUCACGAUACUGAUGAAAUCGAUCGACGAUCAAGUAGGAAGCUUUGGUGGUUGCCCCCUUCUCAGAGAUGUUCUUUCAAUCUGGCAGUCGCAGUCCAUCUUCUUUCCAUAGAAGAAUGGGAGCCAAAUCCUCAUUUUUCAACAGUUCCUCACAAAUGUUUUCAUCAAUCUUGGUAUGGAAACAUCGACCUUCAGAUGACGACAUUGGGCACUCUUGUCGAGAAAGUUCAUCAGCAUUCUAACGAGUUCGUGCUUCACUGGCUGAGUUUUACAUUUUCAAGCAUCUUUUUACAGAGCUUCUUCAGAGAUAACUAGGAUCAUCACAGUACAGCAAUAUUCACAUGCUCUUCUUUUAAACAACAGCAACUGACUUGGGUUUGUACGAUGUUGGGUGGAUUUCUUGUACAGUUCUGUCACAGAUGGUUACUCACUACAGUUCUGACAUCUUAAACUACUUCUUUUCUGUCCUUCUUGCUUCUGACUUAAUUAGCGUUCUUCUAAAACCUCUGUUAUUCUUCAUCAACCUAUUCUCAUGAGGAAUGUUCUUAGAUUAUUCUUUAGUGGCUUCACACUUUCAACUGAUUCGUAAGGCUUUCUUCUUUGGUUUGAUGGUCCCGGACAUAAUCUUUUCUAACAACAUAGGCUAUGGAGUUUCAUUAGUGCAGGUGGGGGUCUAUCAGUUGGAGAAGUGGUGGGCUUGUUUUCUAACAACAUGGGCUAUGGAGUUUCAUAAAUGCAUGUGGGGGUCUAUCAGUGGGAGAAGGGGUGGGUUUGUAUCUUGAUCUUGUUGGAGCCAUCCACGUUGCACUCUGCAUAUGUCGCUUUCUCCGCCUCCUCAAUUUGAUAUUUCUUUGGUUGCGUUGAUGUCGUUGUCGUUGUCUUGCUUUCUUGUCGAUCAAUGCUGAUGGCAGCCACUUAGCACAUAGGAAGGUAUUGCAUUUCAUGGCUGUAGUCAUCAAGACUGUUGAUCUAACAAGUUGCUUCAGCAUUAUUCUUCGAUGGGUGCUUUGCGAAUGAUCUGCAAGUCCACUUGAAGGCAAGGUGUCAAACAUGUCAUCACCUUCAUCCGAGUCUGGAGCACUCGCCUGUGGGGCAGGUUGAUAACAUUCAACGUGCAAAGGUCCAUCAACUUCAGCAUCAGAUUCUAUUGUGAUUCCUUGACUAUCACCAGGGCUUCUCAUGCCUACCCUGACAGCUGUACAAGCUUCUGUUAAGUCUAGAGCUUGUUGGUGUAUUUCUAAGCAUUCACAGUCUUCUUGCAUAGCUACGUACGUACAGUUCUUGUCAAACGCAUGAGUGCAGUAAUCAAACUUCGAGUUCCUCUCGUAGACACUGGCAGAUAGAAGACAAAAGUCUUUAAGGCCCACAGCAACAGGCUUGGACGCAGACCCAACGUUGUCUUGUUCUGUCUGGCUGGUUGAGGUACUCAUAUCGGGUAUAUCUCUAGCAAAAUCUUCGGUUGAACUAUAGGUCUCUUCUCUUGUUUCUUCAACUGUCUCAUUCAGCUUCUCGUUGAAACAGAAACAGCUACCGUCUCUUUUCAUUUCUUGUUGGCCACAUUCGUUUGGUUUGCUAUCACAGUCACAGACAGCACAACCAUCACCAGCAUCCCUAUCGUAAUUGUCUGUAUCGCCACAUCCUUGGUUGGAUAAUUGUUCGCUGUUAAUCAAUGGUGUAGCUCUUUCAUGUGUCGACUCAAUCUGAUACUGCUGAGUGUUCAGUAGCUCGUUCAUGAUGAUUCUCGUUUGAUCUUUUAUCGUAUCGGUUUGUUCUUCUGUCUUGUUGGGUGUGGUAGCUAUUUGUUCAUUUUCAUUCAUGACUUUAAUCAACUGGUUAAAUGAAGAAAAUCUAGUGUUGAUUUCUGAUUCUACCAUCUUAAUGCUCUCUUUCACCGAGUUCAUUUUGUAUUGCAAAGUUCUCAGGAGCUCCAUCGUAUUAGGUUUGAUUUCAAAUUGGCAAGUGUCCGGAUUCUCAUCUUCCUCCAACAGGGCUUGUCUGAGACGUGCUGUUAGCGUUUCCUUAUUUCCGUUAAGCUGUAGACCUCUUUCUCGAAGCUCUUGUCUAAGUUCUUUCAUGUCAAGUUCAUUAAGAAGUUUGGUGGAAUACAUUCUAGCCAGAAAGAUCCCACUUCUGACACCAUUUGUUACGUAUUUCUGAAUCUUCUGGCUAGAAGUAUUAGUAGACACACAAAUAAAAACACUGCAAAGAACUUGACGACUAAACUUUCAGUUUAAUAUAACUUUAAUGACUAUUAACUCUAAUAAUUCGUCACUGUAACAUGUAGCGUAGAAGACUGUACAAUAUCUGUCAGUUUACAGUUAGCUAUACUUCGUUGCAAUUCAUCUCUUCACUUCGUUGCAAUUCAUCUCUUCUCAACUUGCAUCGAGCCGUAUUCCACAGAACAGACCAACGACACACUUCCCAGUGUCGCUCCAGGUCUCCUAAAGCUGAACCAAGUCGCACUCAAGUCUACCGAAUCAGAGCCGCACACGUCUUACAUCGACUGUAUCGACUGUAACGGCUCAAGUCCACUGUAGUUCGCUGUAUAGACUUUAACGACAGUAGUCCACUCCAGUUAACUCUACCCUAGUUAACUUGCAUCGAGUCGUACACAUUUCUCUUCCACAGAGCCGCACACGUCUUACAUCGUCUCUAUCGACUGUAACGGCUCACUCACGACUCCAUACGACUGACUUUCACAUUAACUUUCAGGCUUAUAUAGAGUCCCUAAUCGCUUCUCUAAAGUUGCACAAACACUCCUAGUAUCCUCUGGAAUAACAUGUCAGGAAACGUCACAUCCUGUCUUUAUUUAUACAUGUAGAUUCCAGAAAACACUCGCUGCAGUGUCAUCAAGUCGGGGUCACACGUAGUGACCUUUAUCUGUCACUGUUCAUUAGUAACUGUCCCCCUACUUAGAUCUGUUCGUCCCCUGGAACAACACGUGUGGACACGUCACAUCCUGUCUUUGUUUGUACAUGUAGAUUCCAGGGAACACUAGAUGCUGUGUCAUCUCGCCGGGGUCAUACGUUGACCUCUACCUAUCACUGUUCAUUUGUAACAGUAUCUACAAGUGUUAUUAUUAUGUUCUAGUCACGUGGUAUUCAGAUGAGCUGGAUGGCAUUUUUAUUAGAAUAAUUACUUAGUAAGAUUAGGUUUUUGAAAACUGAAAACAAAAUACCAAAGGAAGUGUUUCUAACAUUGUACUAAAUGGCAUGGUUUGAGGCCAGUCCAAUAGUUCAGUGGACAGAAGCAAUGCAUAGAAGCUUCCCUUGUCUCAUGGUAGACAUGUCAGAGGCAGGGGGAAAUGCACUGGUGGUUAGGUAGUGUCUUCUUUCUUUUUUGUUUGGCUUCUUUCUGUACAUAUAUAUAUAUAUAUAUAUAUAUUAUAUUGAAACGCUGCUGUGAUAAAAUGUUUAUGACCUGUGUUAUUUCAUUGUUUUAUUCACUACUUGUAUACAUAUAAAAUGAUCAUGUUUAAAACUAGAGACACUAUGACCUUUGGUCUGAUUAGUAAUAAACAAAGUUCGAAAUAGUU